AUGCAUGACCCAGUUAACAUGCCAAAUUCGGGAGAGUUGUCCCACAAGCUAGUCAAGCAACAAGCAACAGUCGUGCACACCAAAUCAGGCUUACAACCAGACACCUCCAUCACUAACCCUGGGUAUGUUCAGUCCCACAAACAGGACAGGCCCACCAAAGGUGGCCACAAAGUGGUAUACAGACAGGAGGAAGUGGCCCUGGAAUCCUCAACAUUGACGCCCGUCAAAUUUCAUGGCAUCGGGUCAAACGUAAAACUUCUGGCACACAUAGAGGCCCUUAACAAUUGGCCAGGCACGCAGCUGACUCCGGCGUGCACCCGCCGAAUGAAGUAUCGCGAUGACGUCGGGACGCACGCCCGACGUCAUCGCGCAUCGCUUUACGCGUCGGGCCCACCUCCGCACGCCAACGGGAAGAUUCUGCCCAGUGUCUUUUACAUCCAAAUGAACCGGGAGAGCCUGCCUAGUUUAUGUGCCCAAGUCUCCGGAGUGAAGGCGGUCCAGAAGGCGGCUCCCGGGGGCAAGAGGGCAACUGUGGACGACCCCAGUUCUGAUCCAAAAAAAAAGCCCCGCCCCCCCCUCCCCCUCCCCGCCUUGCGUUGGCCCCUCCCUCUCGCGGAGAUGGCGGCUGCCGGUGACUGCUACCUGGGCGUCGAUCUCAGCACCCAACAGAUCAAAGCCAUGGCCAUUGAUGAUAAUCUGAAUGUGAUCCAUGAGACAAAUGUGAAGUUUGAUGACGAUUUGCCAGAAUUUGGGACACAAGGUGGCGUCCAUGUACACCGUGACAAGCUGACAGUUACAACACCAGUCCUAUUGUGGGUAAAGGCGCUAGAUAUGCUCCUGGAGAGAAUGAAGACCUCAAACUUUGAUUUUUCUAAAUUGAAAUCCUUGUCCGGCACUGGUCAACAACAUGGUAGUGUUUAUUGGAAAAAGGGAGCCAGUCAGACCUUGAAAAACAUGCCUGAUGAUCGUUCUCUGCAUCAGAUAUUGGAGUCUAGUUUCGCUGUGAAAGAAUCUCCUAUCUGGAUGGACUCCAGCACCACCGAAGAAUGCCAGCAACUAGAAAAAUCUGUUGGAGGGUCACAGAGACUUGCUGACAUUACUGGAUCGCGUGCUUAUGAGCGUUUCACAGGAAAUCAAAUUGCUAAGAUCAACAAGAAGAACCCUGAAGAUUACAAGAAAACUGAGAGAAUCUCCCUGGUCAGUAGUUUUGUUGCUUCACUAUUCCUUGGAGACUACGCAGCAAUUGAUUAUAGCGAUGGUUCCGGUAUGAAUUUGAUGGAUAUCCAUGCACACAGCUGGUCCCAGCAGUGUCUUGAUGCUUGUGCACCAGAUCUGAAGGAGAAGCUUGGUGUCCCGUUGCCAUCGCAUUCUGUAUUGGGUUCAGUAUCUCCAUAUUAUGUAAAACGCUUUGGAUUCAGUUCUGAGUGUAAAGUCAUUGCUUUUACAGGAGAUAAUCCAGCGUCACUGGCAGGAAUGCGUCUUCAGCAGGGAGAUAUAGCAGUAAGCCUUGGGACGAGUGAUACUGCCUUUCUCUGGAUUCAGGAUCCGAAACCCACCUUGGAGGGACAUAUCUUCUGUAAUCCUGUUGAUAGUAAUGCCUACAUGGCACUCAUAUGUUUUAAGAAUGGCUCCUUGACAAGGGAGAAGAUCCGUGAUGGGAGUGCUUCUGGUUCAUGGGAUGAAUUUGCGAAAGCUUUGAAAGCCACUUGUCCUGGGAAUAAUGGAAAUUUAGGGUUUUAUUUUGAUGUGAUGGAGAUCACCCCUGCUGUAGUAGGUAUUCAUCGAUUCAACACUAGGAACUGCAAAGUUUCAAAAUUUCCAAAAGAGGUGGAGGUCCGAGCAGUGAUAGAGGGACAGAUGCUGGCUAAAAGGGCAUAUGCUGAGAAGCUGGGCUUCAAAGUCUUGAAGGGGACCAGAAUAUUGGCUACAGGAGGGGCUUCUUCAAACCCAGAUAUACUGCAGGUCUUGGCAGAUGUGUUCAAUGCCCCAGUGUACACAAUAGACACAGCUAAUUCAGCUUGCCUGGGAUGUGCUUACAGAGCAAAACAUGGACAGCAAGCAGCAUCAGGACAAUCUUUUGGAAAUGUGGUGAAAAUCGCACCCGCACCUAAGCUGGCAGUUACCCCAACCUGUGAAGCCAAUAAGGUAUAUGGACCAAUGCUGACACGAUACAUGGAACUAGAAAAGUUGGUGCAGAAUAAAUGCUGAACAAUGAAGAGCAACCUGUGUAAUCCUAGAAUCAUAGGAUCUUAUGGAAUCGAAGGAGGCCAUUCAGCCUGUCAUGCUUGUGCUGUGUCUUUGAAAGAGUUGCUCAAUAUAGAUGCACACAACAGCUUGUUGAUUGUCCCCAUAACCCUGCAAAUUAGUUCUCUUCAAGUAUGUGUCCAAUUGCCUUUUAAAAGUUCCUAUGGCAUUUGAUUCCACCAUCCCUUUAAAUAAUAUGUUCUAGAUCUCCUUGUGAAGACAUGACUCCUCAUUUCCCCAUCUAGCCUUAAUUCUAGGACCUCUGGUUAAUGACCCACUUGCCUGAGAAUAUAGUUUCUCCCUACUGUCUCUAGCAAAACUCAUAAUUUUGAACCUCUGUUAGGUCUCCCCUUAAUCUUCGUUGCUCAAAAGACAACAAUCCCAUCUUUCCCAGCCUCUCCACAGAACUGAUUCCGCUUCUUGCUUGGUGUCAUGCUGGUGAACCUCUUCAGUGUCAUUUCCAGAGCUUAGAAAUCCCUCCUAAGGUGUGUGCCCAGAAUUCUACACGAUACUUCAAUUAAGACAGAGAUUUGUAAAUGUUUCGAAUGACUUCAUUAUUUUUGUAUUCAGUGCCACUUUUUACAAAGCCAAAAAUUCCAGACACUUUUUAACCACAGAUAUCAACUUGCCCUGAUACCUUGAAAGAUUUGUGAAUAUGCAUCCCCAGGUCUCUCUGCUCUUACACCCUCCCCAAAAUAGUACCAUUUAGAUUAAACUGUCUCUCCAUGUUGUUUCUCUUGUACUUAACCGCAUUAAAUCAUCACCAUGUAUCUGCCCAUUUCACCAGUCUGUCUAAGUCUUCCUGAAGGCUGCUGCUAUACUGCUCACUAUUUACUAUAUUAUCAAGUCUUGAGUCAUCCGCAAACCACAAGAUCAUAACCCACUACAUCCAAGUUUAGGUCACUUAGAUAUAAUGAAUUGAUUGACAGGGCAGAGAAUUCAACACCAAUAUACUCGGAUCAUAAUGUAAUUUUCUGUAAAUGGUAUAUUUUUCCCUGCAAUGUCUUGAUAAUUUCUCGUAUUUUCCUGUGCCUAGUGUAGAAUAAAUGGCUUUACGAUGUUACUUUAAACAGUAAAGAAAUCCAAAUGUUAUAUAUA